GAGUAACUGAAUUACAGGUUUAGCCUCUGCUCUGCAUUUCAGUGAGCACAUGCAUGGCGGAGGAGCAGAGCUGAAGAUGGAGCUGCACACACGAGAGCUCCCCUCCUGUCUUUGACUGAGAUGAAGAUAUUGCCAAACAUCUAUUAAUGUGGAGGACUUGUUGAGGACAAUGUUGAGAUUCAGUGUGCAAGUGUGGAUGUUAUGGUCGCUAUAUGCAGGCACUUUCUCCGAUGAGGACAUCAACGCAUGUGAACAGCAGCCAUGUCAAAAUGGCGGUCUAUGUGAGAGCCACAAUAGAGGUUUCCGAUGCCGUUGCUCCCAACAAAGCCAAAACGGGCGCCUAUACGGAGGAGAGAACUGCACAACGGCACUUUCAGGGUGUGAUGACAACCAAUGUGAGAAUGGAGGAAUAUGCUCCCCCCUCUACCCAGAUCAGCACACAUGCAUCUGCCUUGCUGGCUUCACAGGCCCUCAAUGCCAGACCCCCACCGUCUUCUCACUUGAAUCCCGAGGCUUCAUGUACAUAGAGACUCAGCUUCUAGACCCGGAGGUUCCUCUCAAUGUGACAUUCAGCUUCAGGAACGCACGACCAGUCGGCACCCUCUUGCAGCGCAGAGUGGACGACCUGCUCCUCAGCCUCGAGCUGAUGGACGGGCAUCUUUCUCUCCGCAGUCUGAGAGGUAAAGGCUCCAGCACGCUGGUUCAGGAGCUGCCAGAGUUCUUGUCCAACAACAAGUGGCACACAGUUGAAGCAUCUCUGGGUGGCGUGGUCAGCCUCAUACGGCUGCUCUGCACUAAAGGAAGCUGCACCAGAGACUCCAGCGCUGAAGUCCAGCUGCUUGAGCAAGCCUCUGCUCUCCCUGACCCGGGAACAGUUCGUCAGAGUCUCUUCAUAGGAGCAAUCGGUGGGAACUGGGGUUCGGGCAGAGUAGCAGAUGACGCAGACUACCCGCCUUCUUUUCUGGGCUGCUUCAGAGAUGUGUUUGUGGACUCACAUCUGGUUUUGCCCGCUGUAUUACCGGAUGAUUCAAACGUCCAGGAAAACGUCACUUUGGGAUGCAGCGACAAAGACAAGUGCGAUGACAGCCCGUGUCAGAACCGAGGGCGCUGUGUCAGCCAGGGCUGGAGGAACUACAUGUGUGAGUGCCACAGGCCAUACGAGGGAAACAACUGUGCAGAUGAGUAUAUAACAGCAAGGUUUGGGGGAAAAGACCUGGAGAGUUUUGCUGUCUUCUCAUUGGACGAUGACCCAAAUGAUACUGUGACUAUAUCCAUGUUCAUUCGCACCAGACAAUCCAGUGGCCUGCUCCUCAUACUGGCCAACAGAACAAGUCAGUACCUCCGCCUGUGGCUGGAAGAGGGAGAGGUCAAAGUUCAGGUCAACAACUUUGAGACCCUCGCUGGUCGGGGAGCGGUUAGCGAUGGUCAUUUCCAUAUGGUGACUGUGAAGCUGGAAGGAAUGGUAGCCAUGUUGUUCCUGUCAGCCCACAGGCGGGGCUCUAUGCCCAUUAGGCCCAUCCAGACCCAUCCCGGGGAUCUGGUUUUCGUUGGGGGGCUACCAGACUCAAGGGCCACUGCCUCGUUUGGUGGCUACUUUAAGGGAUGUGUCCAGGACCUGAGGAUUAACAGCAAACGACUGCAGUUCUAUCCCAUCGCCACUCCAGUGGAAUCUCACAGCCUCGAACAACUCGUCAAAGUUGCACAAGGAUGCAGCAGUGACGACGCCUGCGCUGUCAACCCCUGUCUCAAUGGAGGAGUGUGCUACUCCAUGUGGGACGAUUUCAUCUGUAACUGCCCCCCCAACACUGCAGGGCAGCGCUGCGAGGAGGUGAAGUGGUGUGAGCGGUCUCCCUGCCCCGUCUCGGCUAUUUGUCAACACCGCUCUCAGGGCUUCGAGUGUUUGUCUAAUGUGACAUUUCGGGUUGAAAGCAGUAUUUUGCACUACCGUAGCAACGGGAAGAUUAAGAGCAGCCUCGGCAGCGUCUCCCUCAGCUUUCGCACAAGACAGUCCAGUGCCACCUUGAUGCAUGCACAGAGGGGCUCCGACUACCUCACCGUCUCCCUCCUGAAUGCUCAUGUGGUCGUGGCGCUCCAGUACGGGGCUGGCAAGGAUUUCUGCAAGGUGACAGUUCAAAGCAAGGGUCCAAUCAGUGAUGGAGGGUGGCACACUGUGGAGCUCAGGAUGGAGAACCAGACACUCCCGACUUCCACGUGGAUCUUGACUGUGGAUGGAGGCAAGGAGGAGCAAGGCGUGUCCAAAACAGCUGCGGGGAACUUGGAUUUUCUUCGGGAGGGUGCAGACAUUUUUCUGGGAGGACUGAGCAUGGACACCGGAGUGAACCUAUCCGGCUGUUUGGGCCCGGUGGAGAUUGGAGGCUUUCCUCUCCCUUUCUACUUGAACACAGACUUAAACCUCCCGAGACCUCAGGCGGAGCAGUUUGCGAUGAUGAACGGCGACGCUGACCCACGAUACGGCUGCUGGGGAGCCAGUGUGUGUGCCCCCAACCCUUGCAGUAACGACGGUGUGUGUGAGGACUCGUUUGACCUGCACCACUGCACAUGUCCCUCAGAGUGGACGGGGCCACUUUGUCAAGACCUAACAGACGCCUGCAUCUCCAGCCCCUGCAUCUAUGGCAACUGCAUCAAGGUGCAGGGGGGAUUCGAGUGUGUGUGUGAGCCGGGGUACCGUGGUAUACGGUGUGAGGCGGAAGCGGAUAUGUGUGAAAACAGCAACUGUAGCCAAGGCGCCUCGUGCCUCAAAGGUUUCAAUAGCUACGCCUGUCUCUGCCCUCAGAAUCUGACGGGAGAGUACUGCGAGGAGAACAUUCCUGAAAUCCCAUGGUACAUUGAGACCAAUCCACUUCCUCAGUUGCCUGUAUCUACGUGCACGGGUACAAGAUGGAACUACAACUGCUUUAAUGGAGGAAAUUGCUCAGAAGCAGAUGACAGUUGUUACUGCCUGUCUGGGUUCGCAGGACAGUGGUGUGAGAAGGAUGUGGAUGAAUGUGCCUCGGAGCCGUGUAUGAACGGAGGCUUCUGUCUCAACUACGUGAACAGAUUUGAGUGUGUGUGUGAUAUGGAUCACUCGGGAAUACACUGCCAAAUGGACGUCAGCGACUUCUACCUGUACCUUUUCUUGGGCCUGUGGCAGAACCUCUUCCAGCUGGUGUCCUACCUCGUGAUACGCCUUGACGAUGAGCCAGAAGUUGAGUGGGUCAUCCACAUCAACGAUUAGGCCCCCCGGCUCUCUAUUGUGAUCAAAUUGGACUAAACUUGAAGUAGAGAGUCACACUGGAGGACAUUUAAACACAUUUAAAAAGCCACAACACAUGUGAUGUGUGAUCAGGACCCUGCACACAGUUCAUCAGCUGGUCUGUGAAGCUUUAUAAUGAAGGGAGGUC